GUGGCAUGCAUUGCAUGGCACAAGCGGACAAUCUCCCGCCACCAGGGGUAUCGCCACCACCACCCUCCACUGUGCUGCGAAUCCUACCAUGGCGCCUCCCGGAUUGGAGGUGGCACCGUCCUCGCCAGAGAUCCAGAAGAUCACGCCGCUCGAUGCUGCUGCUGCCGUGGUGGAGGAUGAUGCUACCUCCGCGUCCUCGGAGUCCAUCGCUACUGCUGCGAGAGAUCGGGUUGCGGUGAUUGGGAGUGGGAAUUGGGGGAGCGUUGCGGCCAAGCUCAUCGCUUCCAACACUUGCUGCUCUGAUCUCUUCGAUGAUGAGGUGAGGAUGUGGGUCUACGAAGAAACUCUUCCAAGCGGGGAGAAGCUUUCGCAGGUUAUCAACAGGGAAAAGGAAAAUGUGAAAUACUUGCCUGGAGUUAAGCUUGGAUCCAAUGUAGUUGCAGUGCCAGACCUUUUGAAUGCUGUGGCUGAUGCAACGAUGUUGGUGUUCGUAACUCCUCACCAGUUUAUCGAGGGAAUUUGCAAUAGAUUGAAAGGAAACAUACGCCAGAAUGCUAUUGCCAUCUCGCUGAUAAAAGGAAUGGAGGUCAAGAAAGACGGGCCAUGCAUGAUCUCCAACUUGAUCACGGAGCUUCUUGGAAUUGACUGCGCUGUUCUCAUGGGUGCAAAUAUUGCCAACGAGGUAGCCGUGGAGAAGUUUAGCGAAGCAACUGUUGGCUUCAGGCAUGAUAAGCGAGCUGCAGAUAAAUGGGUGCGAAUUUUUCGCAGGCCUUAUUUCCUGGUGACUCCUGUACAAGAUGUGGAAGGCGUGGAGUUGUGUGGAACACUGAAAAACGUCGUUGCUGUUGCCGCUGGUCUGGUGGAUGGCUUGGACAUGGGCAACAACACAAAGGCCGCAAUCAUGCGAAUCGGGCUGAAAGAGAUGCGAUUCUUCUCAAAGCUGCUGUUUCCCUCGGUUCGAGACACCACCUUCUUCGAGAGCUGCGGCGUUGCCGACCUUAUCACAACAUGCCUUGGAGGUCGCAACAGAAGAGUGGCCGAUGCAUUCGCCAGGAACAAAGGAAAGCGCUCCUUCGACGACUUGGAAACCGAGCUUCUCCAGGGUCAGAAACUCCAGGGAGUUUCAACCGCGAGAGAAGUUUAUGAAGUUUUGCGAGCUCGAAAGUGGGAAGAAUCGUUCCCACUGUUCUCCACAGUCCAUCUCAUAGCAACUGGAGCUCUGGCCCCGUCAGCCAUCCUCGAGUACAGCGAGCACACUCCUCGACAAAUCACUAGCUCCCAAAUCCAGUAUUCGUCGCUAUGAAACAAAGCCACACUCCAGAAUUACGAGCAGAAGAAAGGGAUGCUUUGAGAGAACAAUAAAGAGCGAGAGAGUGAGAGAAACCAAAACUUUUCCUUCCUCCAACCAGACCAAUGUACAAUACAAAUCUUUCGAGAGGAACGAACGACAAACACAAAGAAAACAAAAGCUUGGAGGGAGUGAGGAAGAAAGAGAGAAGUACCAAAGUUAUAUCAUAAAUGCUUCCCUGAUCAAGACA